AGGUGUCUGAUGACGUCACAGUUUGCGCGGCGCGGAACGAGCCGGCGCUGAGUCCCGAGGCGAACAGCGGGGGCGGGGCCGCGCGUCGCUCCCCGAUGACGGAGGCGGAAGCCCGGGGGUGGCCGGGGUCAAAGGUCACCGGACAGGGACGGGAGUGAAAGUGAUCGGGCGUCGGGGUGAAAGGCCGCCAUGGAGCCCAGCACCCGCCCGGCCAAGCGCAGCAGCGGAGCCGCCGAGGCCCCACGGAGCCGGGGCCCUGCGCGCCGCUGGGCCCCCCCGACCUUGCACGUGGAGCCGGCUCUCUACGACGGGCCCUUCCCCUUCUACCGGCGGCCGGCCGAGGAGGGUCGCUUCUCCCUUGACGCCCAGCGGCUCUACCACCCCGACGCCCGCCAGCUGCGCUUCGCCCGCCCCGCCGAGCGCCCGAGCCCCUUCGACCUGCGCCACGGCUACCGCGACUGCUACGUGCGGCGGGACGAGGGCCGGCGCGAGGGGCUGGAGCACCUCCUGCAGUGGGUGGCCGGGAACCGGGACCGGCUGCGGGCCCAGGGCGACGCCGCGGGGCGCCCCGUGAACGCAGAUUUCGUGACCUGGCGGGGGCACCUUACCAAGGUGCUGACGACGCCCUACGAGAGCCAGGAGGGCUGGCUGCUGGCCGUCAGCCUCUUCCGGGGCAGCCUGUACGUCAGCGAGGUGGAGACGCCGGCGGCCCGGCAGCAGCGGGAGCAGCGCUCCGACAUGCUGCAGGAGCUGGCCUACAUGGGCUACAAGUUCGAGCGCUACAUGUGUGCGGACACGCCGGACGGCAGCCCGGACCCCACGGGGGUGGUGAACACCAACGAGGCGUUCUGCACGGUGGUGCGCACGCGGCUGGGCUCGCACUCGCUGCUCUUCGCCGGGGAGGUGGACUGCACCGACCCCCGCGGGGCCUGGCCCCAGCCCCCCGCCUGCUACGUGGAGCUCAAGACGUGCAAGGAGCUGCACAGCCCCACUCAGCGCAGGAGCUUCUACAGACACAAGAUGAUCAAGUGGUGGGCGCAGUCCUUCCUGCCGGGCGUCUCCCGCAUCGUGGCCGGGUUCCGCGCCCCCGACGGCUCCGUGGCCGCCCUGGAGACCUUCGAGACCAUGAAGAUCUUCCAGCUGAUCCGGGGCGACCGGGGCUGCUGGAAGCCGGCCGUGUGCAUGAACUUCUGCGAGGCCUUCCUGGCCUUCCUCAAGAGCGUGGUGACGGAGGAUGAUCCACAACUCGUGCACCUGUUUGCCUGGGAGCCCGGCAGCCCUGUGUCCUACACCCGGCACCGGGGCGGGGAGCACGUCGUCCUGCCGGCCUGGUAUGUGGAGACCAUGAGCGGAGGGAAGAGGCCAGACUGAGCCGCCGGCAGCCACGGGGGCACCAAUAAACCGUGGGAGAGGGUCA